AUGCCUCCCCGCGCCCAGCAACGACCGCCUCAAUCCCUCACUCCUCAACCCGGCUCCGGCUCUCCCAUCGCGCAGCUGAACCCGAGCCAGCUCGCCGCGCUGCAAGAGCACAUCCGCAACACGCGGAGUCAGACGGGACAGGAGGUGACGCCUGCGAUGAUCACCGAGUGGAUGAUGCGGAAUGGGAUUCAGGCGGGACAGGGCGGAGCGGGACAGCAGGGACAGGGCGUGCCGCAUCAGCAGCAACAGGGCCAGCAGCAGGGUCAGGUGCCGCAGCAGGUGCAGGGGAACCUCGACGCUAUCCUGAAUCACCUUUACCCUCCUACUCUCUCCGGCAACCCUCCCGCCGCCCUCGCACACCUCCAAUCCGUCCUCUUCCCGCCAAACCAGGUCAACAAGCAGUCACCGUUUCUGCAACAGGUCAUGCUCCUUGCGCAGAACGGACGCUUGUCGCCCGAGCAGAUGGCGAUGCUGAAGCAGGCGGUGACGCUGAAGAACGGCUCGCAGGCUCAACAGCAGCAACAGCAGCAGCAGCAGCAGUAUCAGCAGCAGGGGCACCCGCAGGCUCAGCAGCAGAUGCAGGCGGCGCAGAUGGCUCAGCAGCAGCAGCAGGUCCGCCAAGUACCUCAGCAAGGCCAGCAGCCCGGCGGUGCACCGGGCGUGCCGAAUGAGCAGAACGCGACCCAGGCCGUCCAGCAGCUUCGCAACCGCGUUCACCACAUCGAGGCGCUCCUCUCGCGACCAGACGUCAACGAAGAGCAGCGAGCCAAGAUGCAGCUCGAGCUUGACAACGCCCGGACGAACUUGACGCGCGUCGUCAAGAUGCUGCUCGCAGCGCAGGCUCAGCAACAGGCGGCGCAGGGCGGACAAGCGGGUGCGGCGGGCGCAGCGAACCCAGCGGCGGGGGGAGGUGUGCCAGGCGGUGCACCGGUCAAUAUUGCGAACCUGCAGGAGGCGCAGCGGCAAGCGAUGGCGCAGAAGGCUCGCGAGAUCCAGGCGGCUCAGCAGGCGAACGGCGGGUUCCGGACAGCGAGUCCGGCCCAAUUCCCCGGCCAGGCGGGACUCGGCGCGCAGGGCAUCCGCCAGUCGCCGUCGAUGGCGGGACAGCCGCUUCCUGCGGUUCCUGGUGGAGCAAGUCCGCAGGCCAAGGCGGCUUCGCUGCAGAACCAGGCGGCGAUCGCGGCGGCGCAGGCUCAGCAGCAGCAGGCGGUGGCGGCGGCAGCGGCGAGCGGGAAGAAGCUUACGAAGAAGCAGCAGGCCGACAUCCAUGCGCUCUCGCAGCAGCAGGCGGCUCAGCAGGCUCAGGCGCAGUCGCAGGCUCUCGCACAGGCUCAGUCGAUGGUGCAGGCGCAGGCGGUCGCGAACCAGCAGCGGCAAGCGCAGGGCGGAUCUGCGCCGGGCUCAGCAGCGGCCGGCUCGUCGUUCGCACCGGUCGGCUCGUCCGGCAUGGCCAUCACCUCGUCCCUUUCGAUGCAGGCGCCGACCCCCGAGACCUUCCCUGCGCCUCGACCAACGCUUUCUGGCGGUAUGGCGAACAACCCCUCCAUCUCGACGCCGGCCAUCACGAGGCCGCCGACGGCAGGAAGCGAUGCGUUUGGCGGUGCGAGCGGAGUGGGAAAGAUUGAGGCGCUGCCGAACAAGGAUAUGCGGCCGGACGACUCGCAAGGUCGGACGGUCAGCAAGCGGAAGAUCAGGGAGCUGGUCGAGAGCAUCGACCCGGAGGAACGGUUGAGCGACGAGGUCGAGGACCUGCUCCUCGAGAUCUGCGACGAGUUCAUCGACUCGGUGACGCGGUUCGGCUGCCAGCUCGCGCGACACCGCAAGUCGGAUCGUCUCGAAGUCAAGGACCUCGCGCUGCAUCUUGAGCGAUCCUACAACAUUCGCGUCCCCGGCUUCAUGCCCGAAGAGACUCGUCAGUCGGGCGCUCGUCGUGUCAACCUCCCUCCAGGACACGCAGCACGGCUGGCGGCGAUCAGGGAGAGCGGGCGGAAGCGGUGA